AAGAGCCCUUGUCUUCUGAUGCCGCAAAUGAUAACCACAUAGUGGCUGAAGGGGUGACUGAGGAGUCCCUAAACAGACUGAAAGGCUAGCCCUCCUCUGGUACCACACUGUCGUCCGCCCGUUUUUCGCCUUGGAUGGCAGCGAUAACAAAGCAGGCCUGGAUGAAGCUAAGGAAAUUCUUCUCAAAAAGGAAGCUGCUUACCCUAAUUCUUCCCUCUUUAUGUUUUUCAAAGGACGGAUCCAGCGAUUAGAGUGUCAGAUCAACAGUGCCUUGACUUCUUUCCAUACGGCUUUGGAGCUUGCAGUAGAUCAGAGAGAAAUCCAGCAUGUCUGUCUCUAUGAAAUUGGUUGGUGCAGCAUGAUCGAGCUCAACUUCAAGGACGCGUUUGGUUCCUUCGAGAGGCUGAAGAGUGAGUCCAGGUGGUCACAGUGCUACUACGCGUAUUUGACUGCAGUUUGUCAGGGAGCCACAGGUGAUGUGGAUGGGGCACAGAUGGUCUUUAAAGAAGUUCAGAAACUCUUCAAAAGGAAAAACAAUCAGAUUGAACAGUUCUCAGUGAAAAAGGCGGAGAGGUUUCGGAAGCAGACCCCCACCACCGUGCUGUGUGUGCUGGCGUCCAUCGAGGUGUUGUACCUGUGGAAGGCGCUGCCCAACUGCUCCUUCUCCAGCCUGCAGAGGAUGAGUCAGGCCUGCCACGAAGUGGAUGACUCGUCCGUUGUUGGCCUAAAGUAUUUGCUCCUCGGUGCCAUACACAAGUGUCUGGGGAACUCAGAAGAUGCUGCUCAGUUCUUUCAGCGGGCUGCUAAAGACGAAUUGUGUCGUCAGAAUAACUUGUACGUUCAGCCGUAUGCUUGCUACGAACUUGGCUGUCUCCUAUUGGACAAACCAGAGACUGUAGGAAGAGGCAGAACUCUACUUCUUCAAGCAAAGGAGGAUUUCUCUGGCUACGACUUUGAAAACAGACUGCACGUCCGCAUCCAUGCCGCACUGGCCUCUCUGAGGGAACUGGUUCCUCAGUGACCCGCCUGAGAUGGCACCGUCCCUCCCUACCCAGGGCCACACUUUCAAAUCAAAGCAGAGGACAGAGCUCUUGUGAAGAUCGGCUUUUCUUCUGCAGACCACCUGUGCCAGGGACACGUUUUCCCAACAAAGCUGACAUAUUAAAGAUCUCCUCUUUUAACCAUGUACCUAAAAAUUGAUGGUGGUGAUGAUGGUGGUGAUGGCAGUGUCGGUGGCCAUGGUGGCGGUGGUGGUGGUGGUGGCAUGGUGAUAUAUCCAGCCACCUGGGGAGAGGGUUAAGUGACCUUGUUCAAACAUUUUAGUUUUGUGAUUUAUUAUUUUUAAAAUAAAAUCGAACUAAAUAUUCAUCCUGUGACCUCAUAGGAAUGCCUACCUUAAGCACACGCCUGAAUAGGUCACAUGACAUGGUACCUGUGACAUUAUCAAUACUGUUAUUAACGAUAGCAUUUAUAUUGUGUUUUAAAAAAUAAAAGUGCA